GAAGAGUCACGCGGCUGUCUGAAUCGUGCACCACGGUGAGAAAUGAUAUAAGAAUAGCGGUCAGAGCAGGACGAGUUAGAGGCAUUUAGCCCGCCUAAAGGUGGCGAUAGUGAUACUAUUUUCUGGCAUCUCUUCACAGCCUCACCCUCUUCACCAGUCUGCUAAGUGCUGCUACUGAGGCACCAUGUCCGUCUCCGAUCACGACCUCAUUCGCAAUGCCAUCGCCCACUGGCCACUGGCCCUGGAUCAAGCCGAUCCCCGCCUGUUGAGCGAAGCCUUCACACCAGACGCCGUGAUUUACUACCCACCGCCUGUGGGCACACUCCAAGGCAUCGACGGGUUGAAGGGCCUAAUGGAAGCACACUUCCAGGGCGUCACGACGUACCAUUGCUCGGGCACGCAGGUCAUCCAGUUGCAAAGUCCCGUCACGGCUACCGCCCGUACCUACGCCAUCGGCAUACAUUCUUUCCCGGGGGAACCUGGCAGGACACCGCGGAGGAUCUAUGGGUACUACGAUGAUCGUCUGGUGAAGGGCGCGGAGGGAUGGCGGAUUGCGGAGCGGAGGGUUGUAGAGCACCUGCCCAUCAAUGCCUUCUGA